GUUUGCUCCUGACGUCACCGCUUUCGUCCCAACACGGAAAUGUGGAAUAGUGGCACGAACCGUUGCGUUGCUAUUGUUAUGGGUCUGAAACGGUACUUGUAGCUUGGAUUUCACCGUGUUUGUUAACUGUCCGCGCUGCUUCCGCGAUGUUAAACGGCCGGUGCUAACUUUUUCUGACAGACCAGCCCGUGCUAGAAAUGGAGAGAGAGUUCGACCUCUGUUUUUAGUUCAAUAGCUUUUAGUCCUCCGUUUGUUCAGGGCCAUGAAAGAAAGUGUUUCGGGGGUCAUAGGGGCUCUGGGACGCCUGCUGCUGUCUCUUCUCCUACUGUCCUGGGAAGGCAAACUAUUUCAGGUUGGAGGGGUCAGAUCCGUAACGCUCCCAGAAUCCCUCCUGUUUGUCUCAACACUGGAUGGGAGUCUGCAUGCUGUCUCCAAACAGUCAGGAGACAUCAAGUGGACCCUAAGAGAAGACCCUAUUAUUCAAGUACCUGUCUACCUCACAGAGCCGGGUUUUCUCCCAGAUCCCAACGAUGGCAGCUUGUAUGUCCUGGGUGGCAAGCACAAGGAAGGCCUGAUGAAACUUCCCUUCACCAUCCCAGAGCUGGUUCAGUCAGCUCCCUGCAGGAGUUCUGAUGGUAUUCUCUAUACAGGUAAAAAGCAGGAUGUGUGGUUCGUGGUGGAUCCUGAAACGGGUGAGAAGCAAACCAGUUUAACCACCUCCUCCUCAGAAUCCAUUUGUCCCAAUACUCCUCUGCUCUACAUUGGACGCACAGAAUACAUGGUCACCAUGUUUGACACGAAGACACAGGAGCUGCGGUGGAACGCUACAUACAAUGAUUACUCAGCUCCACCUUAUGAUGAGAAACAAGACUACAAGAUGGCCCAUCUUGUGUCGAGUGGCGAUGGUCUUGUUGUGACGGUUGACAGAGAGUCAGGUGACGUCUUGUGGACUCAAAACUAUGGCUCGCCUGUCGUUGGUGUCUACCUGUACUCUGGCGACUCACUAAGACACGCCCCCCACCUGUCCCUCGCUAUGGAAACGCUACGCUUUCUCACCUUCUCCUCUGCCAACGACCAGGCAGAUGCACACUCUACAUUGAAAUGGAGCUAUCAGUUUGUGAAGGAGCAAGCCAGCGCUCAGACACAACUUGUACCCACUCUCUAUGUUGGAAAAUUAGACUCCCACCUGUAUGCCUCCACCUCCCUUGUCCACCAUGGAAUCUCAUUAGUGCCUCGGGGACUGACCUUGGCUCGAAUUGAGGGUCCACUGACGGCUGGAGUGACGGUCAGAGAGCGAGGGGAGUGUGAGAUCACACCGUCCACUGAUGUGCGUUAUCCACCAGGGAGCACAAACAGCCGGAAAAACCACUGGCUGCUAAUAGGUCAUCAUGAGCUCCCUCCAGUAGCUCACACCACCAUGCUGAGGGAUUUCCCUGUCAACCUGCAGCGUUCGGGUGAGGCAAUCCCCCCUCGACCUUCUGCCACCCCUGUCUCUCCUGCCUCGUUCUACCACCAGCGCUACUUCCAGACAGUUGUUGGUAGCCAUAGCGACACCAAUGCUAAUAGUGGAGGGACUGAUGGGAGGACAUCAGGACAGGCCCAGAGACCGGCCACUGUGCUUCCUGUCUAUAUGACUGAGGAUCGUCUUACUCUGGCUGUUCUGACGCUGCUGCUGGGAGGAUGGCUGGCCUUCGUGCUCACACACCCCAUUCGUGCGGCACAGCAGCUGAAAGCUCAAAGGCAGCUGGAGGAGGCUUUUGAGUCUCGUUUCCAGUGCAUGCAGACCAACAUGCAGACCAGCAUGCAGCCCAACAUGCAGCCAGUGACCUUGGUUUCUUUAGAGACAACCCCUUCUACUGAUAUAAACCUUUCUAGUGACUCUCAGCCUGAAUCUUCUGACCCUCCACUGAGUCCUCACACUCACAGCAGCAGCACCUCAGAUGUUGAUAAAAAUGGCACUACUGGGCUCAAACCCAAAGCAGGAAACAGUGACGAGGUGCAGGUGGGAAAAAUCUCCUUCAGUCCAUCUGAGGUGCUGGGACACGGCACAGCGGGAACCUUUCUUUUCAGGGGUAACUUUGAUGGACGCCAAGUAGCGGUGAAGCGAAUCCUGCCGGAGUGUUUUGAGGUAGCAGAGCGUGAGGUACAGCUCCUCCGAGAGUCUGACACACACCCGAAUGUCAUCAGAUAUUUCUGCACAGAGAGAGAUCACCUCUUCACCUACAUCGCCAUCGAGCUGUGUGCUGCAACCCUGCAGCAGUAUGUGGAGGAUCCAUCUUGCUUUCCUGAGUUGAAUCCUAUAACUCUGCUGGAACAGACCAUGUGUGGCCUUUCACACCUCCACUCACUCAACAUAGUUCAUCGUGACCUGAAGCCUAGAAACAUCCUCCUCUCUGGUCCCAGUGCGCUGGGUCAGGUCCGAGCUCUAAUCUCUGACUUUGGGCUCUGUAAGAAGAUCCCAGAUGGUCGGACCAGCUUCUCUUUGCGGUCAGGAAUACCAGGAACUGAAGGGUGGAUAGCUCCAGAAGUGCUGCGGGAAACUUCUAUCAAAAAACCGACAGCGGCAGUGGACGUGUUCUCAGCAGGCUGUGUGUUCUACUACGUGGUCAGCAAGGGGCAGCACCCUUUUGGUGAUGCAUUAAGACGACAGAUCAACAUCCUCGCAGGAGAAUAUUCACUCUCGCAUUUUAUGGAGGAUCUACACAAUGACGUCAUAGCACAGGACCUGAUUGAGCAAAUGAUCAGCGCUGAGCCGGAGUCCCGCCCCUCCACCACCUGUGUGCUCAAACAUCCGUUCUUCUGGCACCCCGAGAAGCAGCUGCUCUUUUUCCAGGACGUGAGUGACCGCAUAGAGAAGGAACCAGCAGACAGCCCGAUUGUGGUCAGACUGGAGACUGCAGGAAGAGCAGUGGUUCGAACCAACUGGAGGAUGCACAUAUCUGUGCCUCUACAGACAGACUUGAGGCGGUUCAGGACAUACAAAGGAAAUUCAGUCAGAGAUCUUCUGAGAGCCAUGAGGAACAAGAAGCAUCACUACCACGAGUUGCCACCUGAGGUGCAGGAGACUCUCGGCGAGCUGCCCGAAGGCUUCGUCAGCUACUUCACCUCACGGUUUCCACGGUUACUGUUGCACACGCACGCCGCUCUGCACAUCUGCAGCCAUGAGAGACUGUUUCACCCCUACUAUCUGCCUCCCAGCUGCAAAUAGCUCCACAUGACUCUGCACCCUCCACUUUGUACACACAACCACACAUACAGAUAUUGUUGUACUUUUUUAUGAGUUAAAGAAAUCCCUGACAGCGCCCCAUUAUUGCUUUUGUAAAGCCCAUAUGGUUUCUGGGGGAGACUACAGUGCUGUGAAAAAGUUUUUAUAUGCCUUGAGUUGUUUUUUUAGAUUAAAUUGAUUUUUCCGCAGCUAUUGAUCAAUAAAUGCUUUUAAAAUUAUAUUAGAAGGCACUCUGAGUGCAGACCUCCACAAAAAUGGCAAACAUUUUUUAUAUUAAUAAUAAAAAUGUUUAAGCAUUUUUUUUUAGUGUGUGACGCCAACAGAAUACACAUAAUGAAAGAUUCAACGUCUUUCCCUCAAAACAACUCAGGGAAAAAGGCUUUCUGUGAAUUUGAUAAAGUUCUCCAAAAUGUUCAACACAUUAGGUGAUUCUUUCUUUUACUGGAGUGACACCUGAUUUUGUUUUGGUGGAAACAAACGCAUUGCUCUUCUUGAAUGAAGAGAUCUGGAGAACACAGUUAUAGGAAGAGAUUUUUAAUAAGGUGCUGUGUGUGCUCUGAGUUGGCUGAUGUGUGGAGAUUCCUUCAUCCUUAUUCUAUAUUUCAGUACUUUUUUGUUUUGUAUUUUGAGGCAGAACUACAAACUAAAAUUCAUUCUAGGAGAUGUAUGUCAGUGUCUUCUCAAGUGCAGUAGUUUGUUGGAAUAAAGCAAAAAUGUUCCAUAAUGGCUGAGAAUGCUUUAAAACAAAUCACGUGUUCCUCGGCCUAUUUCACCAGAUUUCAUUGAAAUAUGUUUACAAUUUUGAGAUGUCCUGCAAACAAACAGAGCGAAACUAUAACCUUUUUGAGUAACAGUUACCUUUACUGGAUAAUUAAUAGUAUAGAAACAGACAGGAGACAAGGGGAGAGAGGCAGGUAUGACACCCAACAAAGAUUAGGAUAAUUCAGACUUUUAGCCAUUACAACCUCAUAACAGAUCUAAAUGGAACCAUGUUGGACUUCAGGGCGAUGUGGUUAACAUGAGCAUAUUGUGGAUGGUGAUGUGCACCCAGUAAUAGCUCUAGAGUCCAGAUUAAACAGUAUGCGAGGUGCUCAAACUUUGUCACAGCACUGUAGAUAACGCAGACUCUGGACAACAGGUUUCAUAAAAAGUGUUAGACUGCAUCUUCUACGAGAAGUCUUUGCUAGCCAUUUAACCAGUUAGUUAAAUUGUCCACUUCACCCACGCCAAACCCCACCCUGUCACUGUUGCUGCUGUGCUUCUCUCAGCUCCUCUGUAGAAAGUGCCAAUAUUUACUUUGUUCGUUAUUUUGUAAUUUUUGUGUGUGUGUGUGUGUGUAUGUGUGUGUGUUACUGCAUUGCUGAAAAUAGCUACACUGACUGAAGAAUGUACUGAGCCUUGUUUUUCUCUAAAGACAGUACGUGGAGCAUAUUAGUCAAAUGUCAUUGCCACUGUUAAGAUGUGGGCAAUAUGCAUAUGCUGUGAAAGUCUGAUUUAUCAUCAGUGUGUGCAGGCAAUAAUGUGGAAUCAUGGAAACUAACUUACCCAUUUCAUUUGAAUUGAUUCAUUUUGUUAACCCAAUUUUAAUAGGAAUAUAUAUCUCACCACUCCUGAAUGUUGGUUUUGCGUUGAGUUUUGUGCUCACCCAGCCACUAAAUGCUCUGAAAGCGAGCUCUCUCCCUGUACCUAUAGGAUGAUGGUUUGUUAGAAUGAAAGUUGAAGAAUCUGACUUUUGUGCUUUCUUUUGAAUGAGUGAAUUAAAUUGAAGCUUUGGUUGUGCCAAAGAAUUAAGUACCUCAA